CAUGUCCCUCAUCCAGACCGAGACUGCUUACAUGCAGGGCAACCCUGACGCGACCGUACCUUUCACUGUGAACAAGAAGUACUUCGACCCCGACUUCAAGGCAACCUGCACCGGUACCUCUCAGCGAUGUGCUCGUACCUGGGGUCUCCGCGCUGUUAACUCCAAGGAUGUCUUCAUCUAUGGAGGAGGCCUCUACAGCUUCUUCGACAACUACGACCAAGUCUGUGUUGGCGAGAACAACUGCCAGGACAACAUGAUCGACAUUGAGAGCUCACAGGUGCACCUUUACGGCAUCAGCACCAAGGCCUCUGUCAACAUGGUCAACGUUGAUGGUAAGUCGGCGAUCCUUGACAAGGACAACCGCAACAACUUCUGCGCCGCCAUCGCGCUCUUCUCAUCUUAG